AUGCGAGCCCACGAAAAACGUUGUGUUCCUCCUGAUGAUGAUACUGAGGACGACGAUAACGGCAAUACUAUCUUCCCACUCACUAAAGGCACCGUCCUAAAUACAGAACUGCGACUGUUAGAGAAUCGGCUUCUCGGAUUUCAAGAGUGCUUCGCGGAGGUGACGCGCUUUUUGAGCGCACUGCCGGUCGUGAGCACGAUGGACGAGGUAUUUCGGAAGAAGCUGCUUUCUCAUCUCCACGCUUGCAUCUACAGGCGAGACUACGAGGCUCGCACGCGUCUUGCCUCUCUCUCUGUCAUGGUCUCAGGUACUAGCACUGACCUUCAAUCUGCUAGCAGCAGCACUAGCAGCACCAACCAAAUGACUUGGCAGCAGACUACCCAUCUCAAAGAGGCAAAAAUCGAGCCAUAUUUAUCAAAUCCCGCUGCUUACUGGCAUUGUAACUCGAACAUGUCCCAAAGGUCAGAGGGGCACAAUUGGCUACAAAACGAUAUCCAUCACAAUCACCAGCAUCAGCAGAACAAUCCUAGUAUUCAAACAGGGAUAGUCAAUGAAAGUCAUUCAACCACUUCUCCCUCCCUGUUGGGUAAUUAUGAGGAGACAGACAGUGGAAAUAGCACGGUGAAUAGAUUUUCACCAAAUGAUAGAGAUAUUUUGACAGACGUUCAGCCUCCACUUCCUAACCAAAGGUACACAAUUGGACAUGUGGAAUGUGAAGCACAGGACGCUGCACACACAUUCCAGUCAACGGGGUACGAAUGCUACAAUUACGGUUAUCAUCAAGUCUACUCUCACCAGACACUGUCGGAUGGUGCAGCCACGGGACAACACCUGCAGCUGACAACCAGUGGGUACAGCCUAGACAACCGUCAGACAGAUGGUGGCCCACACAGAAAUCUCCCUUAUCACCAUGAUUUUUGA